AUGCCGACUACCUGUGUUGCAUUUGGGUGCAAUGAACAAGCGAACAAAGAAUCUGAUCCAUCCAUUACAUUUCACCAGCUACCAAAGGACCCGAGCAGAAGAAAGGAAUGGCUUGCAGCUAUACGAAGAGACAACUACACCCCAGGCAAACAGGCACGGCUCUGCUCCAAGCACUUUAGACCUGAUGAUUUCGACAGGACGUCCUUGUGUUACGUGAGGCUGCGAGAUGGUGUUGUUCCCAGCAUAUUUGAGGCUUUCCCUUCACACUUACAGAAAAAAACAAGCAAAAGGAAACCUCCCAAAUCUCGCCCUCUCUGUGAUCCUGCCCCACAAGAAGCGCAAGAUAGUGGACAUUCUACUUUAGCUGUGCCGGAAAAUCCUGUGCAAACAAACUCAGGUGAGUCACCAACCAAAGCCCAGCUAAAGAGGAAGCUGGGAGAAACAGAAACACAACUCCUGUCAACACAUGCUUGGCACAACAUUGUAACACUUGUACUGUCUGAGUUCCAGGAGAGGAUUGUCUUCUCCAGCCUGGCACAACACAUGUUAGACAGUGAGCCUGUCACUAAUCAUCUCCUGUUACUAAUCAAGGCUGUAGCCGAGACCUGUCUGCAGGUCAGGCAUGGCGGCUCAGUGCGAACGGUGACGGCGGCGGCGGCGGCGGCGUAG